AUGACGGAAAACGAGACAUCAGAAAUCUUCAAGGCUCCUCCAGAUUUCUUGCAAGAUGGGAUCCAGGCCUGGGAAAAGUCGUCGAAGGAAUCAGAAGUCUUUGAUCUCGAUAUCUGCAGGAAAAUGGAGAGCCACCACCGCUAUGACUACGACCUUGUUUGCACUGAGAAGGGGUACUUUGGCCUUGCACCAAGUCGUGAAGGGGGAGAAGGACUAGUGGUGACGGUUGUAGGAGGCUGUAAACAACUUGUUCUGCUAAGAAGAAAGUCAAGCGGCGAGAACACAUGGUAUGAGUAUGUGAGUCAGGCAUAUAUGUAUGGCUGGACCAAGGACAAGAUCAAGACGGUGGAGGACUUGGGUGAUGAUUUGGAAGAAGUUCGUUUCGAGAUUCGUUAG